AUGUUCAGUUCUCCUGUAACAACAAUAUUGGGUAUUGUGCCGCUUUUUGCUAUGGGUCUCACCUAUUUCCGAUAUAAUAGUGUGGAUCCAGAAUCUCAUCCAAUCGAUGUUCAAAAUGUGCUGCCAUACUACGACUUCGUAAUUGUGGGUGGCGGUUCAGCGGGUGCCGUAUUGGCGUCCAGGUUGUCGGAAAUAGCAAACUGGACGGUGUUGCUGUUGGAAGCCGGCGGAGAUGAAAACGAAAUAUCGGACGUGCCCGCUCUCGCCGGAUACCUGCAGCUUUCCGAUAUGGAUUGGCAGUACCAGACGAUGCCGCCAGGAGAUCGCGCCUACUGCCAGGCGAUGGUAGGAGACAGGUGCAAUUGGCCACGCGGUAAAGUAUUAGGAGGUUCCAGCGUUUUAAAUGCGAUGGUAUACGUGCGAGGAAAUCGCAAAGAUUACGAUCUUUGGGAAUCUCUAGGCAAUCCGGGAUGGUCAUACGAUAACGUGUUACACUACUUUUUAAAAUCAGAAGAUAAUCGCAAUCCUUAUCUAGUGAAAACGAAAUACCACUCCGCCGGUGGAUAUCUCACAGUACAAGAAUCCCCAUGGCAUUCGCCUCUAGCUUUGGCUUUCCUCAAAGCCGGCGAAGAAUUAGGAUACGAAAAUCGAGAUAUCAACGGCGAAGAGCAAACGGGCUUUAUGAUGGCUCAGGGAACAAUCAGACGGGGAAGUCGAUGCAGCACGGCCAAAGCUUUUCUGAGGCCGGUCAGGUUACGAAGCAAUCUACAUGUGGCCAUGCACUCGCAAGCGAUGCGAAUAUUGUUCGACGCAAACAAACGUGCUACCGGCGUCGAAUUUAUGCGGAAUAAAAAACGUCAAGUCGUAAAAGCCCGACGUGAGGUUAUUUUAUCCGCAGGCGCCAUCAACAGUCCACAGUUGCUCAUGCUGUCGGGGGUGGGUCCGGCCGAGCAUCUGCAGGAACAUUCGAUCGACGUUCUAUCAGAUUUAAAAGUCGGAUAUAACUUGCAAGAUCAUGUCGGAUUAGGCGGACUGACGUUUGUAGUCGAUGCGCCGAUUACAUUCAAAAAAGCUCGAUUUCAAACCGUUCCUGUAGCUAUGGAAUAUGUAGUGAACGAACGCGGACCAAUGACCACAUUAGGAGGAAUAGAAGGUUUGGCAUUCGUACACUCAAAAUACAAUAACAGAAGCGAAAACUGGCCUGACAUUCAAUUCCAUUUCGCGCCCAGUUCUGUAAAUUCAGACAGUGGAGAACAAAUUAGAAAAAUUUUGGGUUUAAGAGAUAGGGUAUACAAUACUAUGUACAAGCCAUUGGUUAAUUCGGAAACGUGGACCAUUUUGCCUUUGCUGUUGCGACCAAAGAGCACCGGAUGGGUCAGAUUAAAAAGUCGUAAUCCUCUACACUAUCCUGCAAUAGAACCAAAUUAUUUUGCGCAUCGUGAAGAUAUUCUCACUCUCAUUGAAGGAAUAAGAAUAGCGCAUGCGGUAUCAAACUCGAGUGCUUUUCAAAAAUAUGGAUCGAGGCCGAAUUCAUUAGCUAUGCCAGAUUGCAAACAACAUGAAUUUGAUAGCGAUGCAUAUUGGGAAUGCUGCUUAAGACAAUUUACAUUCACCAUAUAUCAUCCUACAAGCACAUGCAAAAUGGGACCGCCGGACGAUCCUGAUGCCGUUGUCGAUCCGAGACUGAGGGUUUACGGAGUUUUAGGCUUAAGAGUUAUAGAUGCCAGUAUUAUGCCCACAAUAGUCAGUGGCAAUCCGAAUGCCCCCACGAUAAUGAUAGCGGAAAAAGGAGCCGAUAUGAUAAAAGAAGAUUGGCUACAAAGAUGA